AAGCACGCACGCACGGCCAUCGCAGCUCUGUUGCGGAAAUGAGCUGACAAGCUCAGCGAAAUAAUCAAAACUCUUCACUUCCAGCGGAGAGGACACCCAAAUUCCGUAAAUAGUAAGAUUGUUGCUCAGAUGAAGAGGACUUGCCCGGUUGAUCUGCCGUGUCGCCUCUCCUUGCUAUGGCAACGCCAUAUUUCCCAACAUUCCUGCUGCUCAUCCUGGUGUCCUCCGUGGUCCUCUUCCUGCUGACUCUGAUGCCGUCUGUCACUCCGUCCCUUCCUUCUCCACACUCGUCUCCUUCCUCACCCUGGACGUCCUCCUCCUGUGGUCCCGGUCAGUCCUGGGCCGUUCGGCUCCAUCCUGGAAGGCAGCAUGAGGAAGAUGAGGAUGUGGAGCAAGACUCUCUAGAUCUGGAUGUAAUAGCAGACAGGGUGGCAGACCAGGCUGGGCUGCAGAAUAAAGGCCAGAUCGGACAGCUGAAGGGCCAUUACCUGCUGUGCUCUGGAAGCUCUGACUCUGAGGCUCUGGGAGGGCUGUGGACGAGGAGUGCAGGGGAGGUUCUAGCAGCACAUCCUCAAGUUCUAUGGUUCUCCAAAGAGAUGUUGCUCAGUCGUUCUAAACGAUCAGUGGCCUUCAAUGACCCCAACUACCCCAAGCAGUGGCAUUUGCAUAAUGACGUCAACAGAGGAAUGGAUAUCAAUGUGACCGGAGUGUGGGAGCGUAACAUCACCGGCCAGGGGGUCACAGUGGUGGUGGUGGAUGACGGAUUGGAGCACACCCACCAGGACAUUCAUCUCAAUUAUAGUCCUGAGGGGAGCUAUGACCUGAACUCCAACGACCCGGACCCCAUGCCCCACCCAGACUCUCACAGUGAUAAUCACCACGGGACUCGGUGUGCCGGAGAGAUCGCGGCUGUCCCCAACAACAGCUUCUGCGCCGUUGGUGUGGCCUACGACAGCAGGGUGGCAGGUAUCCGAGUCCUUGAUGGCCCGUUGACGGAUAGUCUAGAGGCCAUAGCUUUCAACAAGAAUUAUCAAGUUAAUGACAUCUAUAGUUGCAGUUGGGGUCCAGAUGACGAUGGCCACACGGUGGAUGGACCUCACCCGCUGGGGAAGGCGGCUCUGCAGCACGGGGUGAUUGCAGGGAGACGAGGCUUUGGGAGCAUCUUUGUGGUAGCCAGUGGUAACGGAGGUCAAUAUAACGACAACUGCAACUACGAUGGCUACGCCAACUCCAUCUACACAAUCACCAUUGGAGCGGUCAACGAGAAAGGCAAGAUGCCGUUCUAUGCAGAGGAAUGUGCGUCCAUGCUGGCUGUCACUUUCAGCAGCGGGGGAUCCAGACUCAGGAGCAUAGUGACGUCAGACUGGUCCAUGCAGGAGGGGACGGGCUGCACGGACGGCCACACCGGUACGUCUGCUGCGGCGCCUCUGGCGGCGGGAAUGAUCGCCCUCAUGCUGCAGGUCCGGCCCUGUCUCACCUGGAGAGAUGUGCAGCACAUCAUUGCCUUUACUGCCACCAAGUGUGACCCAAACGCUGACUGGCAGCAGAACCAGGCAGGUUUCAAUCACAGCCACCAGCACGGCUUUGGCCUCCUCAACGCAUGGAGGCUAGUUAAUGCAGCCAAGGUCUGGGAGACGGUGCCUUUCCUGGUUUCUUAUCAGAGCUCAGUGAUUCAUGAGGAGGCGGAAAUCCUGAUCUAUCACAGGGAGCUGGUCCGUACCUGGAACGUUUCUGCCGCUGACCUAAAAGAGUCUGGAAUGCAGACGCUGGAGCACGUGGCCGUCACCGUGACGAUAACUCAUCCUUGCCGCGGUAGCCUGGAGGUGGUGCUGGUUUGUCCCAGCGGGAUGCGUUCUCUCAUGGGGGCUCGUCGAGCCACCGAUCGCGACUCUGCAGGCUACACGGACUGGACCUUCUCCACCGUGCGCUGCUGGGGGGAGAAGGCUGAAGGCGUGUACAUUCUGAAGAUCUCAGACCACAAGGAAGCCAUGUCUGACCGGUGCGCCGCUGUGGGGGUGCUGAAGGAGUGGAAGCUGAGCCUGUACGGUUCAUCCAUGAGCCCCAGCCAAGUGAAGGAGCGCCAGACGUUGGUGAAGGAGGCCAUGAGCGGCAAAUACCUGGACAGCAAUUUCUCGCUGCCUUGCCCCCCAGGCCUGGACAUCCCAUCUGAAAUCAUCCGACCUUUUACAUCCAACAGCCUCAAGUUCCUGCUGCUGUUUGGAUGCUUCGCCCUUUUCUGGUCCCUCUACUACACUCUGGAGGUCACACUGGCCAACAAAAGCCUCCGCGCCGUCUUGUGCCUGCCCAGGAGGCAGGAUUCCAGCUCUGUGAAAUUUAGACACAGCAUCAAAGGAGUGGAGGAGGCGCUAACGGAGCAGGAGGCUGGGGAGUACAGGGAGGAAGAGGAGGAUGACUCUGGGGUGGAGUUGCACACGGUUCUGGACUAUGAGGCCAAAGUGCCGCUGUUGGCAGGAGAGCAAACUGUAGUAUAAACCAGCUAAAGGAACGCUGCCGGAGCUCUGCGGCUCGCUCUCCCUCGCCUGGGCUGCUUCUGGCUGGAGGUGAGGGCGUCCAAGUGGACCUCCAACUCAAAGGAGGAGUGGACUCUUCGUCCUUCUCCUCAUCUCUCAGACAAGUGACCUUGUUUGGACUGUAACUGUGCGUGUUUGUGUACUUCCUCCUUAAAAAUGUCCUCAAAGACACAAUAAUGUGGGAAAACCUUUUGCUUUUUAAGGGUUUACAUGGACAAAUCUGAGGUUUACGUUUAAGUAAACUUGUUGUUACUCAAGGAAACAUUUGAAGAGCUGCUUCUGGACAGCGACGUGGAAAAAGUUUAAAAUCCCACAACAACUAUCCUGUCUGUGAAGCUGGAAGAAGCGCCAACAGGUGUGUUUGUUGAACUAGUGAAGACAAAUGUGAGAAGAGAUGAACGUUGUGUGUGUGCGUGUGAUGCAGUGCUGGGUUUUUAACAUACAGGGGUCUUCCACUCUCAAAUGUGAAGUUUCAUAAAGGUACUCUCUUUUUUAAAAGACGUUUAUUUUCUGAGGUGUGUUUUUUUUUUUUUUGACUCCUUUGUGGCGGGUGGGUUUUUAUCUGCUGGUUCCUCAAUCAACUACUGUUUAAAAACUUGAAAUGGAGAUUGGAAUUUGUAUUUUUUUAUAAAUUAUAAUAUAUAAAUGUGUGCCUGUUGUACACAUGUACUGUAUGCUGACAGUGUUGACCUCUUUACACCUCUUUUCAGAUUGUAAUAGGAACUCUUCUCUUUUUCUAUCUGAAUGACUGGAGUGCAGAUUGGAGCUGUAAUGCAGUGCGAGGCACAGAUGAUUGAAAAUAAAAUACGUUUAAACUAU